ACUGAAAUCUAAAUCGCUCUUUCAGUCUCUGUAGCUCCAAGAAUCCUCAAAACCUGAAAUCCAGUAGCUCCAAAUCUUGCAAAACUUGAAUGGAAAUUCCUUAUUUCAGUGGUGGUAGUGGAGCAAAACCAGAAAUCUAAACUUCUCCAGGUAUCUUCAAGAUUCUUAAAUCCAAGAACUGAGGAUGGGAAGAUUAUUUCUGGUCGAGAUCGACGAUAACAAAGAGACAAUCAUAUAUACUUGCGCGAACUGCGAGAAGGAGAACAAUCAAGGUUUCCCUUCUACACACAUCGCUUCACCGGAUGAUCUGCAAUACUUUGGUACAGGUCCUCCAUUUUGGCCCAAUACACACAAUCAUAUAUAUAGCAAAGUGAUAAACACAAUUAUGAUGGGUGAACCGGUAAGGCAAAGGCUGGUAUUUGGCGAGUACAAGAUCAUGAUGGUUCAUUGCGUACGGUGCCUUACAAAAUUAGGAUCAUUCUACAUUAAAGCCGAUUCAGAAUAUGAAUCCUAUAUAGUAGGGAAUUUUGUGCUGCAUAAGGAAGCUGUCAAUGAAUGGGACCAUAGGAAGCAAACACGUGAAAAAUAAGAUUAGGAAGAUUGAGACCUCUAAUGUUAGGCAUUCUUACUUGAUACAUAUUUCUUUGAUUUUUUUGGCAUUCUUACUAGGUUCUUUACAAU